UGGCUUCUUGACCAUCGUGCGAAAUAUUGAGCAGAUUUCCUAAUUUAUCUCUUAAAAUACACAAUAACUGAAUACUAAGACGAUGACAGAAUCCUGGCCUGGAAGUCUAGGGCACAUGGGCGUCCUAUCAACAUUCAAGGAGGAGCCCAGUGACAAGGAGUCUCAUGAUGAGAUGAUGGAUAUUAUCAAAGAGGCGUACGCGAUGGAAGGCGGACAGAUUGGCAUUGGCGAAGAUUUCUUUGGCGACAUUAAAAAGCCCCAGCAGGACAAGCAGAAGCCGUUUGGAUAUAGUGAGGACGACAUCAUGGAAACAUGGCUCCAAAGCAACAACGACUUCCACCACACGUUCCCAACUCAACUGCACCCGUUCACUCACAUCUUACCCGUUGACGACAAGGAACACAUAAAGACACAUGAUGUCAGCAGCGUGUCGAAGGAAGAAAUGCGCAUUCUGACCUCGGACUCGAUCACCGAUGCCCGUAAUGAAAGUGCUAUGAACUUCUUGCUGAACAGUUGUGUUGAAGUCGGAGAUAAUGAUGCUGGUAAUUUUGAAGGUAUCCAAGCUUCAGAUAUGUGCAGUUUACUCGAGCAAUUUGAGACCGUCUCCGCACAGCUUAACGAUGAAAGUACCAACGUCACACCGUCUGUAUCGGAGAAUGUCACACCAGUUGUCUCAGCCAAUGUCUCUCCGUCUGUCUCGGCAAAUGUCACCCCGUGCGUGUCAGCUUGUGUUACACCAGCGAUAUCUGCUCCGCCGUCGCCAAUGGUGGAAGCUGUGGAUGCUGAGGAAAACAUCAUUGUCAAUGUUGUUGACAUUACCUCAGAUUCUGCAGAUGAGGUUCGACCAAGUGAACCUGAAACCAGAAAGGUACCUACGCUGACAAUCAAACAAGAACCGAAUCUGACAGUGAUAAAGGAAAAGCCAAGGCCGACUCGGCUCACAAAAGACCAAUACCUGGCUCGAAUGAGGAACAGUCCCAAGCGGGAUCCUAUGCCCACUCUUCCGAAGAAAGAUUCAAAACUAUCAUUGAUCAAGCAUGAGAAUACACCAACAGCUAGUCCAGCCUGUACCCCACCAUCAACACCUCCCCCAGAAGUCAUCGAAAAGAUCAAGUUGUCGAACAAGCGUAAAUCUGCCAUUCUACUACCCAUGGGAAUGCCGUCGAAGCGAGGUCGCGGCCAAGCCAUGUCGAUGCCUGUCCACUGCACAACACCAAAGAUGCAGAAACUAGUGAAACAGAACUAUGGUACUCCAAUGAAACAGUCACUACCUCAACAGUCGAGCUCUGCUCUGCAAAAGAAAUGCGAGCAAGCUUCUGAAACAUUGGUGGGUUUAGACCAUGACUAUUGCUUCAUGAGCAAAUCUGGUGAGAACAGUCAAGUAAAUUCAGUUCUGAGUGCAAGUAAUCAUGUGAAAACUGAGAACGAUGACACGAAUUCUCAUGCGAGUGACGUCAAUGAAUCACAUGGAAAUAUUAACCUGGAUAUAUCCCUCGACAGUGGAAGCGUCUUGAAAUCAUUGUUGAUAUCGGGGAAUAAGGAAAACACUCAAAAGGCUCUUGAAGAAGCUGCAGAGCAAAUUGCGCUGAAAGAGCAGAGUUUACAGAAUACGAACGAAUGUGUGGAUGCGGUCCAGGUCAAUGUGGAUGAAAUUGAAAACUUUGAAAUGACCGAAACAAAAGCUGUACAAUCGACACAAACCAGGAAUACAUUCAAGGGAAAGGAACACAGAAAUUAUCGUAGGAAGGACAAUGUACAGGAGGAUAAAACAUUUGAUAAGUUACCUGGAUACUUCACGACCUUGUCGCGACCAGUAAAGUCACUGAGGCCGGAUAUAUUAGAAGUGUCGGCCACAACAGAGCAGCAAACAAUUGAACGGGAUAUAUCUCCAGAGAGACAAAACAAUUCGGGCUUCAGCAAGCUACCUGCCUAUCAUAACUGCUUCACAAAUAGUACGAAAUAUGACCGUGGGGCUUAUAUGUUGAGUGCAUCAGAGGAGGAAGCGAUACGUGAUGCAGUCCUGGGACAAAGACGCCGGACGAACAGAAGAUCACGAUCAAGUUACAGUAGCAGAUCUGCAUCUUCUAGCUCAAGUUCGGGUCAUUCAAGGUCACCAUCAAGAUCAAGGUCACCAUCAAGAUCAAGGUCGAGAUCAAUUUCAAGGACACGCUGUCGAUCAAGAUCAGGGUCAAGAUACGGCUCAAGGCAAGGAUCCAAAUAUGGUUCUAGACAUGGGUCAAGAUCUAGGCAAGGGUCAAGAUAUGGCUCAAGGUCAAGGAAUGGUUCAAGGUCAAGACAUGGCUCAAGGUCGCGAAAUGGUUCGAGGUCUCACUCACGUGCCCAGUCUCGUUCCCGGAUGAACAGGAAACCAUAUAAUUCGAGGAAAUAUUCGAACAAACAUCCAAGAUCACGCUCUCGAUCCUGGUCGAGAUCAAGAUCACGUUCCCGCUCAUAUUCUAGGUCGAGGUCAAGGUCGUUAUCUAGUGAACGUGGUCCAUGUCAUCGCCGACGGAGGUCACGCUCGCCUUCCUAUGAGUUGUACAGAGAUGACGACAAGUCCCAGCAAAUUGAGGAGCGUCGUAUCAUCUAUGUGGGCAACAUCCCCGCUGAAUACACCAGGGUUGACCUCGAGAAACGGUUUGAGAGGUUUGGAGAGAUAGAGGAUAUCAGUGUCCACUUCAGAGAACAUGGGGACAAUUAUGGCUUUGUGACUUUUGCUUAUACGUGCGAUGCUUAUGCUGCUAAAGAAAACGGGAAUAAAAUUCCUGGCGUACUGAAGUUUGAUUUGUGCUUCGGAGGACGGAGACAAUUCUGCAAAAGUGAUUACGCAGAUUUAGAUGGUAACAUCGAAAUAGAAGAGGAAUACAACGUUCAACCAAAGAAAACCGAAUCGAUGGAUUUCGAUAUGCUCCUGAAAAUGGCCAAGCAGAAGUUGAAAAGGUGAAGGUUAUUCAACUUAGGAUUUUUUCAAUUGGACUAUAUGAAAUUGUUUGUGUACUUGUGCUUUAAGGUUUGGAUGGACAUUAGAUGACACAGGGUCUACUUUAGUUUGUAGGUGGUGCGUUUCAGCUUGAGUUCGGUAGUCUAAUGGCGAUGAAUGUAGUUUUGGUUAUUGGCGAAGUGGCCAAUCAAAUCCCCUGGGAGGCGUAGUGAUUAAUGCAAUCUUAGGUGUUCAUAAAUUAGAAUUGGCUGUAUUGGUUGUCUAUCCUGGCUUCAUUCCAAUAGGAAUAGGAAAUGUACAAAGGUGAAUGUGAACAGUACAGAACUGCUGAAGUUCCUCUUGAGAAUGUUGAUAGUUGGAAAGGAAUGCUACUUAAACUCUAGCUGAGACGUUCACAAGUAUUAUGGUGCAGACACUUUUGUCUAUCUUUUGCUCAAAUUAUUUCCUCAGUGAAUAGCUGGCCUUCAAAAGCGCACGCUCGGGACGUGUCAGAAGGCCUAAGCUGACUUCGGACAGUGCCAGAAACAACUGUGAACCAUUGUUCCAGGUGAAACGCAUGACUGGUCAGCGCCCAAACAAAGUUCUUCGAAAAGGUCGAUUAGGGUUGCAUCAAACAGAAAAUAUUUAAGGAUGGCCAGAGUUGUGUAUAUUUUUGUUAUUAAUAAGUAACUAAUCUUGACGUACAUUUUCAUAAGUUUGUUGAAAGAAGGUGAACCUGCUACUCGGUGUCAUGUUGAGUAGAAGACGAGGUUUUGAUGUUGCCAUUAUAGUAGAGGUGUUUUUGGGUUAACAUAGGAUUUGUAAGUGGAAAUGAGUGGUGGAGCAUUGAAUAUGAUGUAUGAUUUGUGUGCUUGCCUGGUGCUGACAUAGUCGGCAAAAUAUCGCAAUCCUGCGAUACUGCACUGCAAUUUCUUUGGAUUACGUAGACCUGAAUUCGCCGUUAGUUGGAGUCUCUGCAGAGUUAAGACACAUAUUGAUUUCUUCUGAAGCAACAAGCUUUCUGCUGUUAAAUUAUUUUCAAUUUUAUUUUAUCUGCUGGCAGAAGUCGGAAAUGAAUAAUUUACUAACAGAUUAGGAAAGAUAUGGGUAAGCUUUGUGUAUGGAGUGAAUUACGAAUUAAAUACUUCAAAAAGGAAGUUAAAGAUUUAUUGAAAAUUAGUUUAAUUAUUGUGUUUCUAACUUCUGAUUAAAAUUUCUUAAAUGUACAUUGGUUGAAAUCUUCUUGAAAUUGGAAAGGAGGGUCAUAUUUCAUGUAAUUUUACAAUAUUAUUUCAAGUUAUCUAAGAUAGAUUGAGUUAAUGAUUUGCAACACUUUCUCCGAUACUGUCAUUUUGAGGUGAACAGAUUUUUGUACAGUGAAACUAUUUAGUAGUGGUAUGAGGACAGUAGCCUGAUAUGGAGGGUGUCCUGCCAGCAGAGGUGUCCACUGAGGGAGGUUCCCUUUACAUGUUGUACAUUAUUUUCUUUUUUCUAUUUUGUUAAAGAUAUAUAAAAAAAUCAUGAAAAAUUGUUCAAGGUGAAGAUCAUAUAAAAGAUGGUUUGUCUGUGCAUGUGAUUGUGGUGCAGAAAAUUGUAGAUAAACAUGGAUAUUGUCUUUAUAUUGAAGGUGUUGGCUAGUGCUUGAUAAAGAUCAAGGACAGGCAUAGUAAAAGCUGACCUGUUAGAAAACACAAAACGCCCGACCAUCAAAUUACCAACUGCACUUGAAUUAUCAUGAUAGACAACCUGGGACUGGUCACACUUGAAUGCACUAACAGAAUAUUCAUUGACAAGACACCUCUCGGAGAUGUUUUUGUGAAUAGAGAAAGCAUCUCUGACCUGUCUUGUCGAUGUUGUUGGUAUAAUCAAGUGAGACCAGUCGGGUUCUCUCAGGUUUCAAGUGCAGUUGGUUGUUGGAUGGUCGGGGUUUGUGAUUUCUUUCUUAGCCAAUGGUGGUUUCAUGCAUGCAUGUCAGCUUUAAGUGACAACAGAAUUCAAAAUUACAUUAAUCAGUUUCUUUUGAACAGGAACCUUUAACCUUGAAUGUUGAUUAUCAAAAUUUACACCUGGAACUAUUUAAAACAAAUAAGGACUUCAAAUUCUGAUUAUGUUAAUAUAACUAACAUGACAUCAGAUCAGUUUCAAUUCCACAGCCACACAUUUGGCAAAUGUCAUGCUGUUUCACAGUUUUUGAUUGGUGUUUAAAUCAGCAUUUACAGUUGUUCCCAAGCUUUUCUAGCUUCCUUGUGCUUAAAUUGUUAAAAGUAUAGAAUCAUGAAUAAAGAGAAUUGGUGU